AACUGAAGUGGAAACGAGGCGCCAUUAAAGGUUGUGCAGAAGAAAUUUCCGUGUCACCAACGGGGAGCUGAGAUGACCUCAUCUCUGUUCUUUCCUUGAUUCCCCUUCCUGUCUCCUUCCUUCCCCCUUCGUCCUUUUAAGACCCCAAGCCCAAACUCCAUCUUUACCCAUCCGUCUCUCUUCUGCCAACAAGCCUUCCUCUGUUUUAAACACCCAAAUCUUUCUUCUUCCACAAAUCCCUGCACAGAUUCCUGCUGGAGUAGCGCACAAUCGCAAGAACCCAUCGAGAAGAAGAGAAAGGUACAAUCUUUUUGAUCCGCCGCCCGGAAAAAAAGUCCUUUCUUUCUCUCUCAGGAAUUCAUAUCGGUUUGGGGCCAAAAGUCUCGUCUUUGCACCCAUUACCACCCAUGAGCCAGGCGUCCAAUCCCCCUCCCAAUCGGCCCUCCAAGCCCUCCUCGGUCCUCCCUUACAAGACCCCAGCGUUACGGGACCAUUACCGCAUCGGCAAGAAGCUCGGGCAGGGGCAGUUCGGCACGACGUACCUCUGCGUCGACAAGAGCGACGGCAAGGACUACGCCUGCAAGUCCAUCCCCAAGCGCAAACUCCUCUGCCGCGAGGACUAUGAGGACGUGUGGCGCGAGAUCCAGAUCAUGCACCACCUCUCGGAGCACCCCAAUGUGGUCAGGAUCAAGGGCACCUACGAGGACGCGCUCUUCGUGCACCUGGUGAUGGAGCUGUGCGCGGGCGGCGAGCUCUUCGACAGGAUCAUCCAGAAGGGGCACUACAGCGAGAGGAAGGCGGCGCAGCUGAUCAAGACUAUCGUCGGAGUCGUGGAAGCGUGUCACUCGCUCGGGGUGAUGCAUCGUGAUCUCAAGCCGGAGAAUUUCUUGUUCGCCAGCGCCGGUGAGGAUGCGGCGCUCAAAGCUACGGAUUUUGGACUCUCCAUGUUCUAUAAGCCAGGUGAUAUAUUUUCCGACGUGGUUGGAAGCCCAUAUUAUGUUGCUCCUGAGGUACUGCAUAAACUUUAUGGACCAGAAGCAGAUGUAUGGAGUGCCGGAGUCAUUUUAUAUAUUUUGUUAAGUGGAGUGCCACCUUUCUGGGCAGAAACUGAAGCAGGGAUAUUCAGACAGAUUCUAAAGGGUCAUCUAGAUUUUGAAUCUGAACCAUGGCCUGGCAUUUCCGAUAGCGCCAAGGAUCUGACACGAAAUAUGCUUAAUAGAGAUCCGAGGAAGAGAUUUACAGCACAUCAGGUUCUUUGUCACCCAUGGAUCGUUGAUGAUAAAGUUGCACCUGAUAGGCCCUUGGAUUCUGCAGUGCUAUCACGGCUUAAGCAGUUCUCUGCGAUGAACAAGCUUAAGAAGAUGGCUCUACGGGUCAUUGCUGAAAGUCUCUCUGAAGAAGAAAUUGGUGGUCUGAAGGAGUUGUUCAACAUGAUCGAUACAGACAAAAGUGGAACCAUCACAUUCGAUGAACUGAAAGAUGGCUUGAAAAGAGUGGGGUCUGAAAUGAUGGAAUCUGAAAUUCAGGCACUUAUGGAUGCGGCUGAUAUCGAUAAAAGUGGCACGAUAGACUAUGGUGAAUUUCUUGCAGCGACAGUACACAUCAAUAAGUUGGAGAGAGAAGAGAAUCUGAUAUCAGCGUUCUCGUAUUUUGAUAAAGAUGGAAGUGGUUACAUAACUAUUGAUGAACUAUCACAAGCUUGUAGAGAAUUUGGCCUUGAUGAUGUUCACCUUGAUGAGAUGAUAAAAGAAAUUGAUCAAGACAAUGACGGGCAGAUAGAUUACAGUGAAUUUGCGGCAAUGAUGAGAAAAGGCAAUGGAGGAAUUGGAAGAAGGACGAUGCGAAACAGCUUCAUUUUUAAUCCAGCUGACGCCCGCAAGACAGAGGAACGCUAACACAUGCAUAGGAUAAAAGCCUUUCUGAGGGACUUCAGUUUUCUGAGAAAAUUUGUACAACUAGGUGGUAUAUCCUGAGAGCAACUGGUGAACGAGUCUUGAGCAGUGAUGCCGUCAUUUACUGAUGAUCUUCCUCGUGUAACUUUUGGAAGAGAAUUAUAUCCAUGUUAUCGUUGAUUUCGUAACUCCUUUGGAGGAUCAAUUAUGAACAUUUUGCUGAUAAAAUCUUUCAGGGAAGGAUUGUUGUUUUUGCUUCA